AUGGAGCCGGUUACUAGGGAGUUCAAGGACCUGCUUUUCCUCAGCUAUGGAGACGAUACCUAUAUUUUGGGGCCAACGGCUAGGAUUCUGGAGGCUUUUGGGGUGCUUCGGGAGCGGUUGGAGUGGGUGGGGCUGGAGGUGCAGGCGCACAAGUGCCGGUUUUGGGAGCGCGAGGGCAAGGAGGUGGAGCGGGCACUGCCAUUGGGGAUGCAGCGGGUGGAUGAGGGUCGGGCGUGCCUAUUGGAGAGGAGGUUUGGGAGGAUCCGGGCGGCGGCCUCUUUGAGCCCACUGUCCUAUGUUUGUGGGUGGGCGCAGUCCGCGCGUGACAUUGCACAGUUAGGGGUGGCGGGUGAGGAGGCGAUGUUUGCAGAGUACCUCACCACUUCGACAGGGGCAGAGUUUCUUGACCCGUGGUUUGUCAAGGCUCUUGAGCAGCUGCCAGCGACUAUCCGCCACGAGAUACCGGGCUUACCUCUGUGUGUAGCGGCCCCUCCUGUUCGGCUUUUCCAGGCGCGGCAGCGGCAGUUAGCUGUAGAGGAGCUCCAGGCACUGCGCCGCUUGGCUCGUGACGAUGCCACCUUGGCCCGUUUCACAUCCCUUCAGGGCCCGCGGGCAGGUGCAUGGGUUUCGACGGUUCCGGCUCACUCGGAUCUCACAUUCACUGCGGCUGAGUGGGGCAUUGCUGCUGCUAUACGGCUCGGCCUCCCAAUCCAGCAGCUGCAGGUGGCGGGGAGGUGUGUUUAUGGCACAGCAAUUGUUGACCCAGCAGAUCCGCACCAUGCCAUGACAUGCAGGCAUCAGCAUGGUCCUUCUCGGGUGCAUGAUGAGGUGAAGUUUGCGGUGGCGAAGAUCUCUAAGGCGUCGGGGGGGGGGGGUGACAAUGGAGGAUAG